CUUUCUGAUAACACAUUUUCACGCCUCACAGUUUAUUACAAUUGAUAUGCAUAUGGUUCUACUUUAGUGCAAAAAGUUGGUUAUUAUGCCAAAUUUUCUGGAAAUUAAACAUAACCAAAAAGUCAAACAAUACUUGCAUAUCCCACAAUUGUUGUGCUAAAAAACCUUGAGUCCUCACACACUUGCUUUUGCUUGAUGGCAAAGUGUGAUGACAACCAUAGAACCAGGACUUGAACACAGUGCAACGUUAAAAAGCACCGGGAUACUUGGUGCAAUAUGCAACAAUUAAAGAAGAGUACCUCUAAAAGGCCACUAGGUGACAAUAUUCUCUUUGUUUUUGUGUCAGGGUCUACCAAAUGCAGUGCACUGACCUUUUUACAUGUUGCUUAAAACGUUGUAUUGCACUGUUAUGUGAGUCUAUGCGAGUUAACCAGCAUCACGGCCCUGCAUAUGGGAUUAAUAAAAAGAAAAAGGUGCAACAUGCAACAUUUUCCCCUUUUGCAAAGAAAGGUAGACUGGGAGGAAAUCAUAUGAAGAAGUAUUUCCAGAUAAAGAUGAUCAGCAUUAUUAUAGACUGUUAAAGUUCAUGCUUUGUACUUCAUAUUUUCUCAACAAUUUUUUGUUCACAGGGUUGCAGUCCAACAUGAAUGCACUGGUGACCGAACACAGCCAUGACUGCCAACAGCUGGACCGUGUCUCAGAGUGACAAACACAUCUGGAAUCCUUUCCGGUCUAAUCUUUAACACGCACAUGCAGACAUGUCCAUUUUGCAAUUGACGCCCCCUUUAAAUCAUGUAUUCGUACAUGCAGCAUCACUGCUAUCGUUUCUGUGCAAAACUGUUGCACUUACUUGAGUUUUAUGACAUCAUGGUGAAAACAUUUUAUUUAUUUUUUUUGGUGUAGAGUAACUGGGCGGAUGUUAUGGACAGCGAGUUGCACAGUUCCUUGCGGUUCUCCGACAGAUUUGCCUGGAAGAAAGGUCAUGAAGGAACGCUUGCUGUCUUGUGUAGAAGACUGACUUUGACUCUGCCAGAAGAGCCCGUCAUCAUUUAUAGCCGCGACAAUCAUGCUUCACUCCUGUGUGACCUUCUGCCUGCUCUCAGUUGUCCUCUCCCAGUCCGUUUAUUCCUCACCCAAGAAGGGGCGCAACAUCACCAUCCACUCCUCCAAUCUAGUGUGUAGUCUGCCAGGCCCAGAGGGGCCCGCAGGGAACCCGGGUCAACCCGGAUCACCAGGGGCGAUGGGGCCAAUGGGGGCCCCCGGAAAGGAUGGUCCAGAUGGAAAGGAUGGAGAUAAAGGAGAAAAAGGAGAUGCAGGUGAUCCUGGCAGGGUCGGAAAUCCAGGUAAACCCGGAAUGAAAGGCCGCGAGGGCCUCAUUGGCAAGGCCGGACCUCGAGGACAUAAGGGUCAACGGGGGUCCCCGGGGCUGGCAGGGAAAAAAGGCCAGAAAGGAGAUGGGGGGGACGCAGGACAGGAGGGAGAACCAGGAGGCUGCGAUUGCGGCAGCGGCGCCCGCUCUGCCUUCUCCGUGGCCGUGUCGAAGAGUUACCCUAAAGAACGCACGCCCAUUCCCUUCAGCCGCAUCUUGCUCAACGAGGGCAAUCACUUCAACGCGAGCAGCGGAAAGUUUGUCUGUGCCAUCCCCGGAGUCUAUUACUUCACCUACGACAUUACCGUGGCCAACAGGCACUUAGCCAUAGGGCUGGUCCACAACGGACAGUACAAGAUUAAGACAUUUGACGCAAACACAGGCAACAACGACGUGGCAUCAGGGUCUACUGUUCUCCACCUGCAGCAUCUCGACCAGGUCUGGCUGCAGAUCUUUUACUCGGGCCAGAACGGACUGUUCUUUGACCCCUUCUGGACUGACAGCACCUUUACGGGAUUCCUCAUCUAUGCUGAUCAGGCUGCUGCAACACCUGGUGUCCAAGGUGCCUCCUAACACUCAUUCACCCAGUUCUGACACCAGAUGGCGCUAAAAACAAGUGAAUAAUGAUAAUACAGAUUUAGGGAGGUCACAUGUUCCCAUUUUAAAUAAAUCUUGGAAGUUUAUAUCAUAUAGUACCUGCGAAAAGUACUCAAUACCCUUGGUUAAAUACAGCCUUUGUGUUUAUAAAUUAAAUAAUGGUAAUCUGCCUUUUUUUUCCUAUUCCGCACUUAAAAUCCAAUGCAAAACAUUCAAAAAGUGUCCAAAAUGUACCCCAUUUACAUUUUGUAAAUUGCAUGAUUAAGUAUUAUUAAUUGUGACGGUCUCAAGCUGUCGUGCGGGUUCCAUGGACCACCAAGGAAGGACAUUGCUUGCAGGUGUAGACUUCUUUAUUUUUGCAAUUAAGAAAAGUCCAGUUAGAGUCCAGUCCAUAGUGGAUCUAACAUAAUAGUGUGAGAGUCCAGUCCAUAGUGGAUCUAACAUAAUAGUGUGGGAGUCCAGUCCAUAGUGGAUCUAACAUAAUAGUAUGAGUCCAGUCCAUAGUGGAUCUCACAUAAUAGUGUGAGAGUCCAGUCCAUAGUGGAUCCAACAUAAUAUUGUGAGUCCAGUCCAUAGUGGAUCUAACAUAAUAGUGUGAGAGUCCAGUCCAUAGUGGAUCUAACAUAAUAGUGUGAGUCCAGUCCAUAGUGGAUCUCACAUAAUAGUGUGAGAGUCCAGUCCAUAGUGGCUCUAACAUAAUAUUGUGAGUCCAUUCCAUAGUGGAUCUAACAUAAUAGUGUGAGACUCCAGUCCAUAGUGGAUCUAACAUAAUAGUGUGAGAGUCCAGUCCAUAGUGGAUCUAACAUAAUAGUGUGAGAGUCCAGUCCAUAGUCGAUCGAACAUAAUAUUGUGAGUUCAGUCCAUAGUGGAUCUAACAUAAUAGUGUGAGAGUCCAGUCCAUAGUGGAUCUAACAUAAUAGUGUGAGAGUCCAGUCCAUAGUGGAUCUAACAUAAUAGUGUGAGAGUCCAGUCCAUAGUGGAUCGAACAUAAUAUUGUGAGUUCAGUCCAUAGUGGAUCUAACAUAAUAGUGUGAGAGUCCAGUCCAUAGUGGAUCUAACAUAAUCGUGAGAGUCCAGUCCAUAGUGGAUCUAACAUAAUAUUGUGAGUCCAGUCCAUAGUGGAUCUAACAUAACAGUGAGAGUCCAGUCCAUAGUGGAUCUAACAUACUAGUGAGAGUCCAGUCCAUAGUGGAUCUAACAUAAUAGUGAGAGUCCAGUCCAUAGUGGAUCUAACAUAAUAUUGUGAGUCCAGUCCAUAGUGGAUCUAACAUAAUAGUGAGAGUCCAGUCCAUAGUGGAUCUAACAUAAUAGUGAGAGUCCAGUCCAUAGUGGAUCUAACAUAAUAGUGAGAGUCCAGUCCAUAGUGGAUCUAACAUAACAGUGAGAGUCCAGUCCAUAGUGGAUCUAACAUAAUAGUGAGAGUCCAGUCCAUAGUGGAUCUAACAUAAUAGUGAGAGUCCAGUCCAUAGUGGAUCUAACAUAACAGUGAGAGUCCAGUCCAUAGUGGAUCUAACAUAAUAGUGAGAGUCCAGUCCAUAGUGGAUCUAACAUAAUAUUGUGAGUCCAGUCCAUAGUGGAUCUAACAUAAUAGUGAGAGUCCAGUCCAUAGUGGAUCUAACAUAAUAGUGUGAGAGUCCAGUCCAGCAGAAGACCAUAAAGAGCGGAGACCGGCCAGCAUAGCAGAGACGUCCACACCCAACGCACAGACGAGUGGUCCACCCUGGUGUUCAUUACAUUAAAUUCUAAGUUAAUGAUUAUCUUAUUAAACAUCUUGUAUUUGCUGUGUAUUCA